AUGUACUCACACCCAUACAGGGACAGUUGGUUGGGUCUGGGCCACACCAACCAUGUGAGAGAGCCCACCCUGGUGACAUCACUACAGGGAAAGGACAUUCACCAGGUCUCUGCUGGUCGCUGUCACUCUGCUGCCUGGACCGCUCCGUCUGUCCCUCCCCGGGCUCCGGGUUCCUCCGUACCCCUCCAGCUAGGCCUGCCGUCAGCAGUGCCUCCCCAGUUCAGCUCUCUGAGAGAGGUCAGCAUGGAGGCAGUCCGGGCCAGACUACGUGUUCUUUAUCACUUCUCUGACCUCAUGUACUCAUCAUGGAGAUUACUCAACCUCAGCCCCAACAACCAGCCCCAACAACCAGGUACACACACCUCACUCAACCUCAGCCCCAACAACCACACCUCACUCAACCUCAGCCCCAACAACCAGCCCCAACAACCAGGUAACCACACCUCACUCAACCUCAGCCCCAACAACCAGGUAACCACACCUCACUCAACCUCAGCCCCAACAACCAGGUACACACACCUCACUCAACCUCAGCCCCAACAACCAGGUAACCACCCCUCACUCAACCUCAGCCCCAACAACCACACCUCACUCAACCUCAGCCCCAACAACCAGCCCCAACAACCAGGUACACACACCUCACUCAACCUCAGCCCCAACAACCACACCUCACUCAACCUCAGCCCCAACAACCACACCUCACUCAACCUCAGCCCCAACAACCACACCUCACUCAACCUCAGCCCCAACAACCAGCCCCAACAACCAUGUAACCACACCUCACUCAACCUCAGCCCCAACAACCACACCUCACUCAACCUCAGCCCCAACAACCUCAGCCCCAACAACCACACCUCACUCAACCUCAGCCCCAACAACCACACCUCACUCAACCUCAGCCCCAACAACCACACCUCACUCAACCUCAGCCCCAACAACCACACCUCACUCAACCUCAGCCACAACAACCAGGUACACACCCCUCACUCCACCUCAGCCCCAACAACCAGGUACACACACCUCACUCAACCUCAGCCCCAACAACCAGGUACACACACCUCACUCAACCUCAGCCCCAACAACCAGAGCUGUAUGUCCCACUACAACACAGGGACAUGGGGCAUCGUCCAGGGCCAGUUGAGGCCCCUGCUGGCCCCCAGAGUCUAUACUCUCCCCAUGGUGAGGUCCAUAGGGAAGACUAUGGUGCAAGGAAAGAACUAUGGACCUCAGAUCACUGUCAAAAGGAUCUCCACACGGGGUCGUAAGUGUAAGCCCAUCUUUGUGCAGAUAGCCCGUCAGGUGGUCAAGCUGAAUGCGUCUGACCUGCGACUGCCGUCCAGGGCCUGGAAGGUCAAGCUGGUGGGGGAGGGGGCUGAUGAUGCUGGAGGGGUGUUUGAUGACACCAUCACUGAGAUGUGUCAGGAGUUGGAGACGGGAGUAGUGGAUCUCCUCAUCCCCUCCCCCAACGCCACAGCUGAGGUGGGCUACAACAGAGACAGGUUCCUGCUGAGCCCGUCAUCCUGUCUGGAUGAGCAGCUCCUCCAGUUUAAGUUCCUGGGCAUCCUGAUGGGGGUGGCUAUCCGGACCAAGAAGCCCCUGGACCUGCACCUUGCCCCCAUGGUGUGGAAGCAGCUGUGUUGUAUUCCUCUGGUCCUGGAGGAUCUAGAGGAGGUGGACCUGCUCUACGUUCAGACACUCAACAGCAUUCUUCACAUUGAAGACAGCGGCAUCACAGAGGAUAAUUUCCAUGAGAUGAUUCCUCUGGAUUCGUUCGUGGGUCAGAGUGCGGACGGUAAGAUGGUUCCUAUUAUCCCCGGGGGAAACAGCAUCCCUCUGACCUUCUCCAACAGGAAGGAGUAUGUAGCCCGGGCCAUCGAGUACCGCCUGCACGAGAUAGACAGACAGGUACGACACACACAGGAGUACCGCCUGCACGAGAUAGACAGACAGGUGGCGGUGGUGCGUGAGGGCAUGUCCUGGAUCGUCCCUGUCCCUCUCCUCUCCCUCCUCACAGCCAAACAACUGGAACAGAUGGUUUGUGGGAUGCCAGAGAUCAGUGUGGACGUGCUCAAGAAGGUUGUGCGGUACCGUGAGGUAGAAGAGCAUCACACUCAGGUCCAGUGGUUCUGGCAGACCCUAGAGGACUUCUCCAACGAGGAGAGGGUUCUGUUCAUGCGCUUCGUCUCGGGACGGUCCAGGCUGCCCGCCAACACAGCUGACAUCUCCCAGAGGUUCCAGAUCAUGAAGGUGGACAGGCCCUAUGACAGCCUGCCGACCUCCCAGACCUGUUUCUUCCAGCUGCGCCUGCCUCCUUACUCCAGCCAGACGGUGAUGGCAGAGAGACUCCGCUAUGCCAUCAACAACUGUCGCUCCAUCGACAUGGACAACUACAUGUUGUCACGCAACGUAGACAACGCCGAGGGCUCGGACACGGACUACUGACCAACCACAGUCUGGCCAGACCAGAUGCACCCUCACCACACACACACACACACGCACGCACGCAACAUAGACAACGCCGAGGGCUCGGACACCGACUACUGACCAACCACAGUCUGCCCAGACCAGAUGCACCGUCAAAACAACACACUUUCACAGACCCUCACCACACACACACACACCACACAACGAGACCCAGGAAAGACCGGGCCUGGAUGGAAUAUAGACUGUCCUCUCCUCUCACAGACCCUCACCACACACACACCACACACACACACACGAGACCCAGGAAAGACCGGGCCUGGAUGGAAUAUAGACUGUCCUCUCACAGACCCUCACCACACACACAACGAGACCCAGGAAAGACCGGGCCUGGAUGGAAUAUAGACUGUCCUCUCCUCUCACAGACCUUCACCACACACACAACGAGACCCAGGAAAGACCGGGCCUGGAUGGAAUAUAGACUCUCCUCUCACAGACCCUCACCACACACACACACACACACACACACAACGAGACCCAGGAAAGACCGGGCCUGGAUGGAAUAUAGACUGUCCUCUCACAGAGCGGCACGCAGCAGAAACCCAGAAGGAUGGCAUCUUCUUCGUUGUCCGUUAUCAACGUACAGUAGGAAGUCACAGAGCAGCAACAACAGAGUGUUCAUUUACCUGUACGGAAAAAGGCCCGGCUCACUUAUUCCAUGUUUCUCUACUACUCUCAACACAUAAGACAUAAUGGAUGGAUUUGAUUCAAUGUUUUUAUUUUUCACCGAAUGGGUUUUUUUAAAGCAAAUUUUAAAAAACCAGAAGCAGUUCAUUGAGUAUUAUUAUUAUUAUGGUUGUUUUUUUUCAUCGCUUCAUUUCUUUCAGGGUUGUUUUUUUAGCACGGAGGUAUGUUUAUUUAGUCGUUGGGAAAAUGUGUAUAAGAGUAUAUUCAUUCACCCCAAGUGAAGAACAUUUCAAAUGAUGUUGUACAAUUGUGUAUAAUGUUUCAGUAGGAAAAUGUUUUACCUAAAUAUCCAUAUUUAUUUUUGUUUUCAUUUUUUUUAAAUUGCCCAAUGCUGUGUUUCCUAAAGCAGGAACAAACACAAUAAAAUGCUUCAGAACGGA